AUGGAAAAGCCCGAUGGCAACCCUGAAACCUGGCACAUUCAAUUCAGAACAUUUAUCAGCUCGAAGGAAUCCGACCCCGUCCAGGAUCUGAGGAGACUCCGUGAGCUCUGCCAUCUGUGGCUGAGGCCAGAUCUCCACACCAAGGAGCAGAUCAUGGACAGGCUGGUGCUGGAGCAGUUCAUGAUCUGCAUGCCUCUGGAGUGCCAGGUCUUGGUCAAGAAAAGUGGUGUGGAGACUUGUCAAGAGCUGGAGGACAUGCUGAUAAAUCAGCAGAAACCCAAAAAGUGGACGGUAGUGUGCAUUCGUGGACAGGACUUUCUUGUGCCAGUCCUAGAAUCUGAGAUAUUGGAAGUUGAGGUCAGUGACAUGGACGAUGAGAGAAACGAGCGUCGGACACCCAAGGAGAACAUGGAGCAAGACCUGGUGGAAGACAAAGAAGACACAAGAACCCCCACUCAGUCUCAAGAGCCAGAGCUUCUGAAGGGUCCUGGCAGGGUGAAAACAACCAGUCAUGCCAAGGGCAAAGAAGCCCCAGGAGGGACAGACUAUCAGUGUCGAGAAUGCAACAAAAGGUUUCAUUAUAGGUCUCAGUUUACCCUUCACAAGAGGACACACACGGGAGAGAGGCCCUUCCAAUGCAGUCUUUGUGCCAAAGCAUUCAUGCAGCCCUCGGACCUGCGAGUCCACCAGCGAAUCCACACGGGUGAGAAGCCAUACCGCUGUGACACCUGCAGCAGGGACUUCACCCACGAUUCCACGCUGCGAGCUCACAAGAGGACCCACACCAAGGAGAGGCCUUUCCCUUGUGAGCAAUGUGACAUGGCCUUCAGCAAGCGAGGGAACCUCAAUGUCCACCGACGCACCCACUCUGGGCUCAAGCCCUACGUGUGUCCCGAGUGUCACGGCGCCUUCCGCCAGCUGGGUACUUUCAAACGCCACCAGAAAACACAUUUCAAGACAACUAGCCAAUGA